AUGGUACAAUACCAUAAAACGAUCUACGACAAACUUCCCGGUCAAUUGUCCCACCCAAUAGCCCCGAGACUCAUCCUUCAUAAAGCGGUGGUACUAGAGAUCCAGACGGAGAAUCAAGGCAGGUGGAUGCCUGCGUUUCGGUACGAUAUAGCCCAAAGACAAAACGUCUGGGAACAUCGACUAGCGGACGGGAAGAUGUCUGAUGUGGGAACGAGGAACGAAUUAUUGGUUAGGCAGGCGAUCAGAGACUCAGAGUUUGCUAAAGAUGACAUUUUUGACGACAAUCCCUACGCCAUUGGGUAUGCGCUCCAAAACCAGAGCCCCAUCGAUGGACAGAUAUACCCAGAGUAUCAUUCGUGGGAUGGUUUGAAUAUUAUCAACGAGUUGAAGCUAGAAGGUACAGGAGGACGAUUAGUGUCAGCGUUGAACCCCCUCCCGUCGUCUUCUUAUCGUGAUACCAACGUAGCUGCAGGCCCCUCACGAAAUCGUAAUGGAGGAAGAGGAGGUAGACCCUUUAAUCAAAAUCAUCGAGGUCGGGGUCAUUUUAACGGAACGCGUAGAUCUUAUCCUAUGAAUUCCAGCCAUAAUCAGUCUUACCUCGGAAAUCACUUUAACGAGUUUCAUAACGCUGGUCCAAGCAACUACGGAGGCGGUCAGGUGCAAUGGCCAAGGGGUGGUAAUGGUGCUGGACAACGACCCGCUAUAGAUCCGGGUAGCUUCGUACCUCAAACUAGACAGUUGAUGUUAGAAGGAGCGCAUACGGCUAGUGGAGGUAGUGCUGCUGGUGAGAAAGGAAAAGGACAAGGGGGAGGAAGCAAGUAA